ACAACUUGGACAAAAGAAUUCCACGUUGACAAUACCUCUUGCAACCUCAAGUCACCGACUCGAACACUCAGCGAAACUCGCUCUAGCCUCUUCUCGUUGUCGUCCAGGAUGCCCUCCCAAGAAGGUUUCCAGUCAUCUGGCCGCACGCCCCUUCGCGUGUAUGGUCCUCAGCCAACAUACCAGACAUAUAUCUCGCCAUACGGACCCAAGACGAAACAUGUUCCCAAUUUAAUGGGGUUUUCAGCCGGCAAAGCUCUUCGAUAUGGAACCAUUGCCUCCGGGUUUGGCGUCGCAGCAGGCGUCUUUGCAGUCUUUUUCUUUGGCGAAGUCCCCCGUGUUCGACAGGACAUUCUACAGAAGAUCCCUGUCAUCGGCGAUUAUUGGGUUAAAGAAAUCGCUCCCGAAGAUAAUCCUUUUUAAACUGGUCAAAUCGGAAGACAUUGGUUCUGAAAGCCUGCGCAUGUGGGGUUGGGGAGCUCUGUACAUACUAUGAUGGUGCUGUGGAUUGAUCUGCACAUGUGGCAAGGAGAUAGAAGAAAGACGUGGAAAGAUGGUGCUCGUCCUGAGUGACAGGAUUUGAAAAUCAAUACAACAUGCCCAAGUCAUUAACGAAGCCAUGGCGGACGAUAUAUCCUUUCCCCCCACUGCUGCAUCUAGAAGACUUUUGGUUCCAGCCCCGAUCAUAUGUGAUGCUGCCAUUCUCAAAGGCAGCAAACCCUUUCGAUUGAGCAUUCUAUGUACAAGUUGGACAGCCUCGCGUUCCAGUUGGGGGCUUUCAAACAAUAGAGCAACAACUACACUCUAUCCCCACGUUCAAAGUACGCCCAUUGGCCUGGAGGGCUUUGUUCCGCGAGAUCCUCCCAUCUGUCGGUAGUUAGUAUUCAGUCAAAAGAGACAUGGUGUGCGGGAAACAUACACCCGAUACUGCACCAUCUCAUCCA